AUGUCAAAGCAACAAAAAUUUAUCAUGAAUUUUUUAAAUAAAAUUUACGAAGGACCACGACCCCAGAAAAAUACGCAAACUAUUCGAAAAUCUCAACGCUGUAUUGCAAAUACCCUAAAGGAUAAACAAUGUCGAAAGCGCACAGCACACACACCAAAAUGUUGGAUUCAUCUUGCUAAACAAGACAAUCUACGUAUUAAACCCUCCAGAAUUAUUGCGGCAGGAAAGGGACUAUACACAUGGAAAAAAUCAAUUCCUCGCGGUAAAAUAAUCGGGCGAUAUACAGGACGCAAAUUAACAAGAAAACAAAUUGAUCAACGUUAUGGUGAAAAUACAGCUACAUAUGCCGUAUGUAACCCGCGAGGCCGUUGUAUCGACGCAACCUACACUACAGAUGGUGCACCACGAUUUGCCAACGAUGCUCGCAAAACACCGUUUAAAAAUAAUUCAAAAAUUAAAGCAGGUCGGCGUAUAUUUAAUUUAAAAGCUAGUAAAUCUAUACGACCACAUCAAGAAAUUCUCACAUCGUACGGUAAUGAAUAUUGGCAAUAA